CUUUGAGAGACUGAGAAUUUCAGAAGGUGUAAAGGUCCUGUUAAUGGUGUGAGAGCUUCGCGCCUUCACUUGCUGAAGCUCGCUAUUGUACCGUACCUAUACCGGCGCAGCUUGGAGUCGCCGGAGAAAUGGCAAUCGGCUCCGUUAUCUCCCACCGGAAUUUCGGCUCUUUUAUUGGCUCAGGCAUAACAAGUCAAGCAGAAAGGUCUACAAGUAUUCAUGGCGGGGUGCGAGUGGGCUGUGCUGCUAUGCGAUCAACAUUGCCAUUUCAAGGUGAAGGCUGCCAACCUAGCCAAUUAGGCAUAGAGCUUCGUGUCAUCAGUCCUAGGCAGAGAUUGAGAAGAUGUACAUGUUGUCAAGCAGCUACUUCAUCUGGGAGAAGUUGGAUCCAAUCAAGGAAGCUGGAUAAUCUUUGUUUUUUUAACAAACAAAGCCAGAGGAUGAAGUAUGGUGCUCCAAGAAGGGCACAUGCUGACUUUACAUCUGAGGAAUAUGGCAUAACAGGGGCAUUGGAGUCUUUUGUGUCUCCAGAUGGAGAAGCUGUUCUGAUAGAUGGAGCUGAGCAAGCAAAGCCUUGGUGGGAGCAGUUCCCAAAAAGAUGGGUGAUAGUAUUGCUCUGCUUUGCUGCUUUUUUGUUAUGCAACAUGGAUCGAGUCAAUAUGAGCAUUGCAAUUCUUCCUAUGUCAAAGGAAUUCAAUUGGAACAGUGCUACUGUGGGCCUCAUUCAGUCUUCUUUCUUCUGGGGUUAUCUGCUCACACAGAUCGCUGGAGGGAUUUGGGCAGAUAAACUUGGUGGGAAACUAGUGCUAGGAUUUGGAGUAGUUUGGUGGUCUAUUGCAACUAUUUUAACACCCAUUGCUGCUAAAAUUGGGCUUCCUUUCUUGCUUAUCAUGCGCGCCUUCAUGGGUAUUGGAGAGGGUGUUGCUAUGCCUGCUAUGAAUAAUUUACUGUCAAAAUGGAUUCCAGUCUCUGAGAGAAGCAGAUCUCUUGCACUAGUAUAUAGUGGCAUGUAUCUUGGUUCAGUCACAGGCUUAGCCGUGUCUCCUAUUUUGAUUCAGAAGUUUGGCUGGCCAUCAGUGUUUUAUUCCUUUGGUUCCCUUGGGAGCAUCUGGUUUGCAUUUUGGCUAAGCAAAGCAUACAGCUCUCCCAAAGAGGAUCCUGGGCUUAGUAUAUCUGAGAAGAAGCUGAUCAUGGGUGGAGGCAUAUCAAAAGAACCUGUGACCAACAUUCCAUGGAAACUAAUCUUGUCAAAGGCACCUGUCUGGGCUCUCAUUGUCUCCCACUUUUGCCAUAACUGGGGAACAUUUAUUCUUCUGACAUGGAUGCCUACAUACUAUAACCAGGUGUUGAAGUUCAACCUCACUGAAUCUGGACUAUUUUGUGUGUUGCCGUGGCUUACUAUGGCCGUCUGUGCAAAUAUAGGCGGUUGGAUUGCAGACACACUUGUGAGCAAAGGAUUCUCUAUAACAUCAGUCCGCAAGAUAAUGCAAUCAAUUGGGUUUCUAGGCCCUGCUUUCUUCCUUACCCAACUUAAACAUGUAAAGACUCCUGCUUUAGCAGUGUUGUGCAUGGCGUGCAGUCAGGGAUCAGAUGCAUUCUCUCAGUCUGGCCUCUACUCCAAUCAUCAGGACAUCGGACCACGUUAUGCUGGAGUACUGUUAGGACUAUCGAAUACAGCAGGGGUUUUAGCCGGUGUUUUUGGAACAGCUGCAACCGGAUACAUACUACAGAAGGGAUCAUGGGAUGACGUGUUCAAAGUUGCAGUCGUGCUCUACAUCGUAGGCACAUUAGUAUGGAACAUCUUUUCAACAGGGGAGAGAAUUCUUGAUUGAGUUGUAUGAACAUCCUAUGUUGAUAAGGGCAUCAACAUAACAAAAGAUGCAAUAGUGUUUCAAGAUUGAACUUCAAUGGGAAGCACAAAUAGAGGGGCUGUGCAAAAUGCUGACAAAAAUUUUGUGUCUCUUACAAUUUGAGAGGCUCUUGUGAGCCAAGAGCUUGUGGGUCUAUAAAGGAUAAACCUUGUAGCAAUCCAUAGCUUUUAAUUUUGAGUACAUUAUGCCCUGUUUUGGGUUUGAUUCAUAUCUCUAUAGUUCUUAACUUGAAUAAUAUCUCAGAAGUCCUUUCAACACCUCAUAAUGGUUUGACUGACUUGAUUAUCAUUGGGUGUGACUUGGACUUGAUUAUUGAGUGUGAUUGAUGGCUUUUUAAAA